AUGUCCAGUCUGGUCUUCCGAUAUGGCGAUUUCACCGCUUCGAGUGGCUGGUCAACUAGACCGUUCCACCUGUCGGACCUGGUCCCACCGGUUCCUCAUAGCAUCUACAACCUACAGCCGGACUGCAUGAAGCAGUAUGAGAUUCUAACGGAAGAAGCUGGGCAGCUCCGAGGCCUCACACCGGAGAACUUCGCCUGUAAUGCUGGGCCGUAUGCUCCGAUCAUUGCCGUACCACAAGAGGUGUCGGCUCUUGACCCGGAGUGGGAUGUGUGUUUGCCAUGGUAUGGUGGCCUCUACGACCCUCCUGAAGCACUACAGCCCACAGCUGUUGAAGCAACGCCGACGCAUCCAGCAACCUUGACAACGACCUCGGCCUCACCAAGCCAAAAACCCACCAUCACAUCUGUCACUGCGACUACCGUCAGAACAUCCUCAUCUUCAGGCGCUGGUGCUCCCGUGCUAGGACCUAAUGGAUCGGGCAGCAGCGUACUAAACUCACCAGCUGUCGCAUCCACUGCUACAUCGCUUGCAGUCGCCUACUCCCCAGCUAUCGCUUCUACUGCGCCCUCGCUGGCACCCUUCAAACCAGCUGAUCCCGCCGCCACGUCUACGGAAACGAGCAAUGAUCCGGCAGAAGAUCCGAACGCGGCUAGUAUGACCUCUGGAGAACCAUGGUCUGCCACUUCCGCAGCUACGUCGUCUGCAGUAUCCUUAGAUGCCGGGAACAGUGUCCUAUCAAUACUGGAACAAGCCACUCGUACUAGCCAGACGGUAGCUAUUGCCACGUCCACACCAGCAAAUGUCGGAGACAGAAUCGCCAGCGUGCUUGGCAUGCAGAGUGGUCAAGAUCCUGCUAGCACGAGCAAGGGUUCUAGAGGAUCUCUAAACAGCCCCAUAGACCCGGGUUCAACGUCGGGCCAGCAGACCAUCAAGCCAGUGCCUCAGGCAACAGUCGCCGGCUUCCCGCCUUCGAUCACACUCGGCGGAAGCAUUGUCACGCAAGACCCAGCUUCAAAUUACAUGAUUGGCUCACAGACGCUCGUACCCGGCGGGCCUGCAAUUACAGCCGGAGGCACAGUUCUGGCUCUAGCACCUUCAGCAUCAGCGCUCGACGUUGACGGCCAUACGGCCAUGAUUGCGCAAGCAGCGCCUGCCGGAGGGAGUCCAAGCAGCGUUACUAAGCUCGUUAUGGCUGGAAGCACGCUCGCUCCUGGCUCAAGCAUAGUUGUUCAGGGCACGACGUACUCGCUUCCAUCGACUGGUGGCGGCAUCUAUGUCAAUGGGGUAGAGACAUUAGUCUCGAUACCGAGUAACGCCUCACCUUUGACGUUGGGAUCGGUGAUGAUGACCCCAAAAGUUGUGGCAGUGGCUACGAAAGCCAGUCUAGCACAACUGACACUUGGUGCUGAUCCGCUUGAAUACUCGCAAUCUGGUAAUGCUUUCGUCUUCGGCACUCAGACACUCACGCCUGGUGCUCAGAUCACAGCCAACGGCGAGACUCUAUCUCUGCAGAGCUCUGGCGUCGUCGUGGUGAACGGCAGCAUUACCAGAACUCUCACGUCCCAGGCUUCAUCAAUCAUCACCAUGGGGCCAGAUCUACUGAGCUACUCUCAGUCCGGCAAUGCCAUCAUCAUCGGCACAAAGACACUGUCGGUGGGCGGCCAAGUCACCGUGUCCGGUGAGACGAUCUCACUUAAACAGUCUGGUGUGAUCGUGGUCAACGGGAGCAUUACCAAGACUUUAGCUCCGGAGAUGACUUCUCUGCCAGCAGUGCUGAAGCUACUUGAUAAGACUGUGGCACUUACCACAAGUGGCACUGCUAUAGUCGUGGGCGGCCAAGUUCUUAAUCCUGGCUCUACUAUAGUGGUUGAUGGCGUUACACUCACUCUGCCUACUGGGGGUACCCGACCUAUGACCGUCACAGGCUCUGCUCAAGCGACGGGACCCCAGAGUGCGACCAGGACCUCUGUGGCAGCGGGUGGUACCUUGUCCAGCUCUCAGACGUCGAGUGCUAAGUCUCUAGUCUCGUCCAACGGAAGCAGACGGAAGUGGGAGUGGUUUGCGACCGUAUUGCUGGCUCACUGCGUAUUGAUGAGUAUGUAG